AUAAAAGUCAGUGCUGGAUCGCUCUUCAAACAGAAAGGACUGAAAUACCAACUGUGAAAUGGACUUUUAUUAUUUGCCGCCUUCAGCUCCGUGUCGUGCUGUCAUUAUGGUGGCCAAGGCAGUGGGAGUUGAGCUAAAUAAGAAGCUUCUGAACACAUUGGCUGGUGAACAACUCACACCGGAAUUCGUGAAGAUCAAUCCACAGCACACGAUCCCAACGCUCGUGGACAAUGGCUUCUCGCUGUGGGAGUCGCGUGCCAUUCUUGUCUACCUCGUGGAGCAGUACGGUAAGGACGACUCACUAUAUCCCAAGGAUCCGCAGAAACGAGCACUGAUCAAUCAGCGUCUUUACUUCGACAUGGGCACUCUGAUACACAGCUUCGCUGAAUAUUACUACCCGCAGCUGCUGCAUCAAGCGCCAGCAGAUCCAGCCAAGUAUGUCAAGAUGGAAACGGCAUUUGAGUUCCUUAACACAUUCCUGGAAGAUAAUGAAUUUGUCGCUGGUAACACAGUGACUGUGGCUGAUUAUUCCGUUGUGGCCUCAGUUUCUACAUUUGUUGCGGCCGACUUCGAUAUUACCAAAUACACAAAUGUGGUCAGGUGGUAUAAGGCCAUACAGAAGGCAAUACCCGACUGGGAUGAGGGCUUGGCUGCCAUGAAAGAAUGGAUCGAAGAGAAGCGCAAAGAAAACGCAACUAAAUAAACUAACAAAUUCAUGCGAAUGUAUUAAUAAAUUUGGAUAACAAUUAUUAAAUUAAAUAAAGUAUGUAACAACACUGCA